AUGUCAGCGACAGUUCAGAAAUCGCAGCAGAUUACGCUGAGAGGGUCAUCACAGAUCGUUGUCGAGUUCUUUGAUUAUUCAAUCAACAGCAUACUCUAUCAACGUGGAAUCUACCCUGCAGAAGAUUUCAAACAAGUCAAACGAUACGGACUCUCGCUCUUUGUAGCUGCUGAUCAUUCAAUAGAGGGAUAUAUCAAACAAAUACUACUUCAAGUGCAAAAAUGGAUACUAGCCAAAACAAUAUGCAAACUAGUCCUAGUGAUUAGUUCACGAGAUACACGAGAAGUGUUGGAACGAUGGCAAUUCAAUAUGGAUGUGGAAGCUGAAUCAAGUAGUGAUAAAGAGAAUGCAUCGGGAAUAAAUGCUACCAAGAGCCACUCUUCAAAACCAAAAUCAGAAAAGGAAAUCCAUGCUGAAAUUCAACGAAUCAUGAGACAAAUUAUAUCAUGUGUUACAUUCUUGCCAACGCUCAAUGAACCAUGCACAUUCAACGUCUUGGCUUACACAGACAAGGACGCUGAAGUCCCACCGGAAUGGGUUGACUCGGACGCCAAACUCAUAACAAGGAAUGCAGAAAUGGUUCGAUUACGAGGAUUUUCAACCUCUGUACAUGCAGUCGACACUCUCGUAUCUUAUAAGAUGGAAGAGGACUAA